AUGCGAGUCGCUUUCAUGGAAGAAUAUCAGAAACUCGCCAAUAAUCAUACUAGAAGCAGGACGAGUUGCUCAUCUAGGGUCUCAUACGUUUCUUGGUCCUUCGUGCGCAUAUCAUUUUGGUCGCGACUUGAUGAACCUAGUGUAUCUUCAAACGUAAGAGCAAUGCGCAACUCCAUAGCUGCACUGGUGGCAGAAGGGUCCGCUCCCAUGGGAUGUGGCCUAAGUCACGCUCAGGCUCCGUGUCCCUUGGUUUUGCAAGGCGGCGCCACAACACCUGCACAUCCUUCUGAUCUCCGGCAGCAGAAUGAGGCGCUUCUCAAUUGCUGUCUUCGACGAGGCAAGAAAGCACUGCCUACGGCUUUUCAUGAACCCGAAGGGUGGCCUGCGACGUGUCUUAAUCUGUCGGCAGAUUGUCGUCAGAGGAGAACCAAUUAUGGCCUUGGAGGGAGUAGUACAAGCAGUACUAGGCAUCAGAUGCUAGUAUUUGGCAAGGCAAAAACGAGCAAGACGACACAUCGUCGGAUCAUGCGACGACUACGAGUCCACACCAAGAAGAGCACAGUCUUUGCUGUCGAGGACGGUCUUGCUGGUCUCUCUGCUGCGGAAGAAAAGGCCCUUUUGAAGCGGGAAGAAGCGCAACAGUCCCCGUACAACAAUGAGGCGAUGGACGUGCGAGGUGUGGAGACGGCACCUGAUGGAUCUUUGCGUCCGAAGACACGGAAAGCGCCUUUGGAGGAGAGGCUGCGGGAGAUCCGGCGCUUGUUUCCGCCGUCGCCUUCGGACAAAGAGGUGAAAAGCGGCCGGGACCUGCUUACCAGGUUCGUGGGGGAGCAGAAGCGAACGGUGGAGAAAACGUUUGGCAGCAUGCAGGAAGCCUUCUCGAUGGAGGGCUUAGAGAAGCUAGUGCGCUACGCUACCAUGUUCAUGCUGAAAAAUCAGACGAUGCAGACGGCCAACGAAAAGAUGGACAUCAUUAUGAAUCCGGGGAAGGAUGGUUUCGAUAUCAAGAAAUUGAUACUUGAAGGACCGUCGAAGCCUGAACGAAUUCGGCCUCCAGUACACGUCACUCUUGCGCCGGCUUUUGAGGACAUGCCAAUGAAUGGCGUGGUACUUAUCCGCUAGAAUUCUUUGUUAGUGACGAGAGGAAAUCUACUGCAGAUCAAGUUGAUCGUUAAGUAAAAAUCUUCACCACUUCGGAGUACUAGAGAACUUUUCUUUCUCGGAACAACACGAACUAAAGAAAGACUUCAGCUGCUGCAUUUACCCUGUAUAAGUAGAUCGCUUUAACAUACACAAAAACCUCAACAUUAACACAUCAGUUUGCGCGGCCUCCCUCUGUGGAUCUGGUAUGGGGCACUCCGCCGUUCUCAUGGAACACGCCGAUUUAUCAAAUCAAUCCUCUGGCCGAAGGCGCUUCGUUUUACUCGACAACUCGCGGAUGGCCUGGUACGUCCGGGGGGCCGUUAGGAACGCUGAUGCCGCUCCCGGUCGGUCUAAACACGCAAGUGAUUGAGGCGCGGAACUACCAGUUGCCACGAAAAGACCCUUUCGCGCAUCGCGAAGCCGCACACGAGAUCCCUCUUCCGUUCGUAGAUGCAAGCCAAUCGCGAUCAAGACCCGACUUUACCAGCAAGCAGAUGCGUGGGGAUCAGGGACUAGUCACGCACGGAAUCAGUCAAGCUCAUAUUUUCAAUCGCAAAAUAUACGACCCUGACAUUUUCUAA